AUGGACAACCAGAGACCAUCACAAGGGUCGCAAAACAGGUCCGACUUGCAACGGGACUAUCGCGAGAGGGAGCGGCUCGCCUUUCGCAGGCUGUUGGGGGCCCUGAAUGAAGUCGACCGCACUAAUCCUCGUUCCCGACGCGAGAUUUUGAGACAAGCGGCCGAGUGUCUCCGACGUUUGGGACAAGAACAAAUUGACCUGCAACGACAGCUCGUGUUCCCAAACAAUGUUGUGGGUACUGCGAGUCAGCCAGAAGUUGGAACAGCAGGGGGGAACGGGAGGGCUGCCAUAGUGGGGAGUACAGCAUGGGUUAGCGUGAAGAUUAGCUCAGGGGUCAGAACGAUGCAGGCAUAG